AUGAUAAUCGAUAUUAUUAAUCGAAAUAUUGUAACUAAAGUUCAGUUUACAUUUGAAACAAAUAAUUACUCUAAUUAUGCUUUAAAAUCAACGAAAAUUUCUUCUUUAUUAAAUAACGAAAAUAUUCUUGAAUACUUAAAUUUAACUGAUCUAUCUUUUGAUGAUUGUCUUCUUGUCGUGAAAGGAAGCAAUGAACAUAUAUUAACAAAAGAAGAUCUUCAAAAAUCUAUAGAUACUUAUUCAAUUACUGAAAAUGAGCCCAUUCAUUUUCAAAUAAUGACCUUAGUACAAAUAACAAAAUAUGACGAUGAAGAACAAAUAAAAGUUCCUUUAUUAAAUAGAAAUAUAACUAUUGAAGAAUUAUUACAUUUAACAAGAAAAUCAAUAGAUAUUUAUAAAUAUUUAGCUACAAAUGAUACAAAACGAAUUCUUAAUUCUAAUGAAAAACUUUCAAAUUUAAAUAAAACAAAAUUUAUUCUUAUUAAAGAAAAUGAAAUGUGUCUUGUAUUGAUUAAGAAAUCGAAUGAUUUACAACCUAUUCAUGUUACUGAAGAAGAAAACGAAAAAUAUCAACGAUUUAUUGUUUGUGCUACAAUUGCUGAUGUUAAUAAAGAAAAUCAACAAGAUAUUUUACAUCAAUAUCUUUUGUAUUCAAAUGAUAUUGUUCCAUCAACUGACAUCCAAUUAAUAACAUUUCAAUCAGAAUCAUUAAUUCAAUUUAUUGCCAUUGAUCAAAAUUUACCAAUUACUGUUACUAUAAAAAAUACUGAAGUAAAUAAGUCAAUUCAAUUCAAUUGUAGACUUUCGAUAACAAUAAAGCGUCUCUAUGGAAUUGCAUGUCAACUAUUCUGCUUGAAAAGAGAGUAUUAUUGUUUAAUUAUGAAUGAAACUACGUUGGAUGAUGAUGAUGUCUGUUUAGAAGAUAUUGAUGAAAAUAUGACUGAAGUUCAAUUUAAAAUAAUUUCUGAAGCAUCUAUACAUUGCUCUAUCAUGUAUGAUAAUCAAACGGUUAUAUUACCAUGCCAUAAAGAUACAAUAAUAAUGAUCAUCGUUAAAGAAACAAUGGAGAAAUUACACAUAUCAGAAGAUAAUAUAAACAUGUAUGAGUUGAUAGCAUUGGAUGAUGAUCAAACACAAAUUGAUUUUGACUUAUCCGUUGAUGAUAUUCUCGGAUCGUUUUCCACUGGUUCAACCACAAUAUCAUUUGAAUUAAAGAAAAAAAAAUAUAUGAAACAAACAAUUUAUACCACAAAAUAUAUUCCAUUCGCGUUUGACUUCCAUGUAGUUCAGAAAAUUUUCGAAUAA